CGCUCGGCCCGGACGGAAUGGGCAACGGAACGGAGCCCUCAGACGUCCAGCGACCGGCGAGCUGAUCAGACGCCACUCGAAAAGUAUUAUGUUGUCGUUGCUGAAGCUACACCACCCUCUGGUCUGCCGCUGCUGCCUGCUGGAGCAGCCGCCUCUCUACCACACCAUCCACGAUGCAUCCAGCAGCCUGGCCGCGGAGUUGCGGGCCCUGGCCCCCGCCCUGCGUCUAGAGCAGGGCGACGGCCUCACCGACGUCAUUUGCGACCUCUGCCUUCGACGCCUCCACGAUGCCAGGGACUUCCAGCGUCGCUGCGAGCAGUCGGAGCAGGUCCUUCGCCAGCGACACGACCAGUGGAAGCGGUCGGUGGCUGCCGGAGACGCCCUUGCCCUGGACGACGUCCUCGAGUGCCUUGAAAGAGAGGUGGGCUGUCUGGAAACCGCGUCCCAAACUGUGCAACCGCUCAAGCCCGUAGCAUACGUGGCUCCUCUUACGGAGGCCGUUGAUUUCGAUAAUUUAGACUUUCAUGAGAGUCCACCAAGCCUAUAUGAGCUUCCAUCAGCCCCUUGGGUGAGCACGUUGGAUGCCGGCAGUCUGAACACCCCUAUGCACCAGCCGGAGACCCCCGACGCCAUUUUAGAGGCUGGCAACGAUCAAACGGGGAAUGAGUCCUCCAAGGAUCCCACCCAGGAGGGAGCAAAGAAACCAAAGAUGCGACGGACUCGACCCCGUCCGGAGGGCCCGAAGGCGAAAGCCGAAAAGGAGAAGAAACCCAAGUCGCCGCGAUCGCUGCACCCGUGUAGCGAGUGCGAGAAGAAAUUCACCAGGAACUUUCAGUUGAAGUUGCACAUGAUCGCGGUGCACGGAAUGGGCGAGAUGCGAUACCAGUGCGAGGACUGCCGCAAGACCUUUGCCUCCCGGCACAGUCUGCGGUACCACGUGAAGUCGGUGCAUUCCACGGAACGGCCCAUUGGCUGCCCGCACUGCGACCGGCGCUUCGUGCUCCGCACCCAGCUAAUAUCCCACCUGCGCACCCACACCGGCGAGGCCAAGCCGCGCAUCUUCUCCUGCCCGCGGUGCACCAAGUUCUGGCCCACCAAGUCCGACCUGCGAACCCACAUGCGGAGCCACAACCCCACCCAGGACCGGCCUUUUAAGUGCGACAGCUGUCCCAAGUCCUUCUUCACCCGCGGCCACCUCACCUCCCACCUCCUGGUGCACACGGGGGAGAAGCCAUUCGGGUGCGAAUACUGCGACAAGCGGUACCAGAGCGUGGGCAACCUGAACAACCACAUGGUGCGCCAGCACGGAGACAUCAUCGAGGCCCAGCUGGGGAUGGAGCCCAUCGAGAGUUGAUGAAUGGGUUAACUCUCCACGUGGGGCUGGGGUUGGGAUUCAGCUAUCGCAUCCGCAACCGGAGGACAGGCUGAACAAAGUAUUAGGGACUUUCGCGUAACACCAACACGCGGAUUGCAAAGUGCAAAAUAUUUAUUAUUCAAUACUCUAUUUGCCUAAUCAAGCUUACUAAUUUUAUAGAGUUAUAGCCGAGUUUCGAAGUAUCGGUUUUAAUGAAGAAUAGUUUCUUCCAUUAUAAUAUAAGAACCUUUUUAAUAAUUCAUGAAAAUGAAAUAAACGUUUGUUUACAAAAUGAA